UUAAGCUUGUUGUCCAGUCUGUUCUGGGUUGACCUGCUUUCUCCAAAUGGCUCUCCUCCUCUUAAGCCUGCCCGUCAGGUCCAUUGCCAAUUGCGUUGACGAGUCGAUCCAAGCAGUUGCAUGUCACUGGACACACAGCUCUGCCACGUCUUGCGCGCGGUCGGCCAACGGUGUGGGCUCAUCCACAAUAUUGGGCCUGCCCACAUUAUUUGGAUACUGGUCUUUAUAUAUCUUGAUCUGGGAGCAGACAUUUCGUCAGCUGAAUAUGGACAUCCGUCGACAGCCGCAUCCUUGUCUAGAUGCUGAAUAGACUUUGACAAGUAGCUGAAUAGAUGUAGAUGUAGAUUGAUACAGCUGGCAAUUAGAGAGGAAAUAGAGAAGCAGUGAACAGACCACCAGAGCUCGAGUCCCGUGUUCUUAACCGCUAUGCCAUGACACGCCACAAGGGCGUGGCGUUCUUGCCGAGUCGUACCGGCAUAACGCUCCCAGACACGGACUAUACUCUGACUGACAUCACGGUGGCUGGGAUUGUCCGGGUUGUAGCGAGGUACUUCGAAGACAGUAACCCGGACCGGUAUAGUCCCGGGAACUUGACGGGCCUGGACCCACUGACUCCUUCAAGUCUGUUCCAAGUUCACUAUGGAGAUUGUGCGUCCUUUGACAAAUUUGACGGAGCGAUCGACACGAUAACAAACCACAAUAUUCGCAUGGCCAGGGUGUUUCCCAACAAGGCAGAAUGGCAUUUCAAUGGCAAUCAGAUCAAUGCAGGUCAUCAGAAAAUGAUGGGCAUUCGCAAACGCAUUCUAGAUGUGCUAACCGUUGGAGACGAGAACGCACCAGACUAUGACGUAGCUCGCAUUAACUGCGGCAAUUUCCUUCAUUUGGCGCACAGUUUCUACUCGAACACCAACUGGAUUGAGCUGAACAGGUUCUAUGCAACUUCAAGAGAGGGCGAUCCAGAGGUCAUUACACCCUCCAGAAAUCUUGGUAUUAAUGCGAACUUAACUUUUCAAGAAUGUCCCUCGUCUGUGGAAGUGUGCCGGAACUGUGUGGGAGGAUCGGCUAACGUCCCCGAGUCUCAAGACUGUUCAGACAACCUCCAUGAUACAAUUUGUAUUGCAAGUGGUUUCAGGUCCGGGCAAGACAGACCUAAGACAGUUUCUAUCCCGCCAAAAUGUUCCCAUGGUGGAACCAACGACUGGUCUAGAUUAAUGGAAGCAACCGGCGGGAUCAAUAAGGAAACGUCAGACCCGAGUCUGUCCCCUCAUCAUUUCCUCCAUCAACAAGCUGCACUGACUGCAAUUCAAGCUACAGUAGACUUCUUCUAUCAUGCAGAUACCGGUCUGUAUAACUUGAUCGGGGAACAAAAAUUUCGUAAGUUGCUCAAUCUGGACGUUGGUACUUCAUUAACCUUCGUCAUUGACACGACCGGCAGUAUGAGUGACGAAAUACAAGCCGUGAAAGACCAAACGAUUGAACUCGUCAACACUAACAGCGGGACGUGCUUAGCAGCCUUUAAGUAUGUCGUCGUGCCUUUCAAUGACCCUGAUUUUGGUCCGGCAUUUGUGACAGCCGACCCUCAGGAAUGCAUCCAGUACAUCAGCGGCCUGACUGCAGAUGGUGGCGGUGAUUGUCCGGAAAUGGCUAACAGUGGACUUGAACUUGGCAUCCAAAACAGUCUGGAUGGAAAUAAAGUGUAUCUAUACACCGAUGCUGAUGAUAAAGAUAAAGAGAAACUUCCCGCCAUUUUGGCAUUGAUCGAGGAGAAAGGAGUCCAAGUGGAAUAUCUCCUGACGGGAACGUGUACUUCAAGGCGUCGCAGAAGAGCUCUGUCUACAACUACCACAUCCUCUUCGUUUCUGGCCAUUGCCAGCAAGUCAGGUGGAACAAUAUACAGUACAGACAACGCUGGUAUUAGAGGUCUAUCGAGAGUUAUUCAGGGAAAUAUCCGAGCAUCACAGGCAACUAUAUUGAAGAUGAAUGUACGUAAUAGCACCGACCCUGUGGAGAUACCAGUUGAUUCAACAAUACAAGAACUACUAGUGUCAAUCAUUGGUCCACUCAUUAGUACAACAGUGAAUAUUAGAAACCCACAAGGAGCCGAAGGAUCACCAAGUAUUCUAGGUGCAGAUAUUUUUACCAGCUCCGCCCAGCAGACUGUCUUUAGUUUCAACACCACCUCACAGCAAACAAAGGGAAACUGGAUUCUUAAACUACAAAAUGUCAACCCUGCCUCCGAGUACAAGAUCACCGUCUCUGCAAAAAGCCUUCUCGAUUUCACCUUUGACCUCAUGGAAGUUGACCAAUCAGGAACUGCGUAUCCAUUGGAGGGAUUACCAGUUGCAGGAGUUAAUGUGUUGAUUCAAAUCAAGAUCUCCUCCCAAGACAUGAUCAGCUCAAUCAGUGAGAUCAGACUCUUCGAUACCUCCGGUCGUGAGAGACUCUUCAGUGGGGCUGCUGAACCAAUACCCGGCAGGACUCAAGGAUUGUACCUGGCCAACGUGACACUACCGGAACAACCAUUUGUUGUCAGCAUUAUUGGCGUAGACAGCAAAGGUGCGCCAUUUCUUCGGGCACAACCAGCAGAGGUGCAAGUUGGUGCGUUCAAGUUAGAACAGGUCAUUGGAAAUAACACAAUAGAGGAACUUCACCAAGGAAGCGAAGGCAGUUUGGUAUUUAGAGUUACAAACAAAGGACCAGCAGACUCCAUGGUCAUCGCUGUAUCCGUCGGGGCCAAUAGAGGAGCAGUAGAACUCGAUGUUUCAGUCGAACAAGAAUUAGUCGCUACUGUAGAACCACUGACUAUGGGGUUGGCAUCAGGACAGACACAAGAGGGCGUGGUGACUGUCCGCGCUGCGGACAACGUACCAAUUGGUACCACAGUGAAGGUGACUUUGACCGUGUCAAGUAACCUCUCUCUGGCCAUUAAUAUUCUCUCUGUUUACGUCACAGUCGUAGAAAUUCCCGUCAUCCAUCUGGAGAUAAUAGACACAACACCUCCCACGUGUGUUGUGCUUGACACUGGAGGGAAUUGCACAGCAGACCAGAUGACCAAGGACUGCCACCUUCAUGAGUGGUGGGUUCGAAUCCAGGCGACGGAAGAGAGGGCAUUGGCAGCAAUUCUUCCCGAUCCCGAAGUUGGCUUGAGCCAGUCAUUUGUCUAUGAGGAGUUUUUUCUCAACGGAGUUACCGCAUUAUACAAAGCCCCGUGUUGUUGCCCCAAAUUAAACAUCACAGUAAGCGAUGGAAAUGGAAAUACUGCAUCAUGCGGUAACGACUUCUAUACACCAGUGGCGGGAAAAAUAGAGGAACCACUCUGUAACGGCCCGAUUAUUGACUCGAUUCCUCCAACCUGCACCAUUCUUGCCGUUGAUGGGAAUUGCACAGCAGACCAGAUGACCACAAACUGCCAUCUUCAUGAGUGGUGGGUUCGAAUCCAGGCAACGGAUGAUACAAAUCUGACAGAGUUUCUGCUUGAGCCACAAGUUGGCCUCAGUCAGUCCUUGGAGUAUGAAGAAAGCUCUCUACAAAAUGUGACAGCACUCUAUAAAGCCCCAUGUUGUUGUCCCAAGUUGAACGUUACGGUCAUAGAUGGCAACGGCAACACUGCAUCAUGUGGUAACGACUUUUACACACAGAUGGUGGGAAAAAUUACGGAGCCAGUCUGCAACGGGCCGAUACAUGUAGUAGACUCGAAUCCUCCAACCUGUUCCGUGCUGGACACUGGAGGGGGUUGUACAGCAGACCAGAUGAGCACGAACUGUCACCUCAAUGAGUGGUGGGUUCGAAUCCAGGCGACGGAUGAGACAAAUCUGACAGAGUUUCUUCUUGAGCCACAAAUUGGCCUCAGCCAGUCCUUGAAAUACGAAGAAAGCUCUCUACAAAAUGUGACAGCACUCUAUACAGCCCCGUGUUGUUGCCCUAAAUUGAACAUCACAGUUCGAGAUGGAAAUGGAAACACUGCGUCAUGUGGUGAAGACUUCUAUACACCAUUGGCGGGAACAAUAACGGAACCAAUCUGUAACGGCCUGAUUGUGUACGUGGGCUCCAUCAUUGUCACUGGUGUUGUUACGGGGAUAGUAGUUGGUUGCUGUGUGUUGAUUUUGAUCCUUUUGAUCGUUGCUUUCGUCAAACUCUACAAGACCCGGGAAACAAGCAAGGAGGAAGAUGCCCCUCAAAAGAGUAAAGAAGACCCAGCUGAACAAGAUGACUCCGUAAUGUGAAUGUAAUGUGGAGAAAAGGAAUUCACAUAAAUACGACUUCUUCGUACCAUAACUUAUAGAUGUUAAUUUGAGUAAAUUGCUGUAGCUUUUGUUUUUUAUGUAUCUUAUGGAACCCUUUAUAAAAUUUUCUCAGAAUUAAUCUUCCAUGCUCCCAAAACAUGUUUUUUGGUGUGUUUUUAGGCAACUUACUUGGAGGCAGCCAAUGGCAGUGCAUGAUGCUUUACAUUACCACUUUUGCAUGCAGCACAUGAGUUAUUUUUCAAAUAAUAUGGUCCAAAAUUUGGGUACAUGGAAUUGUGAAUGUUUUUUUUUUUUAAGGCCUGGAUCAUCUCGUGUGACAUGACCGCAAUGGUGGAAAGGACCAUUUUAUACACUAUUCGACCAUGUUUGUCUUCUCAUAAUUUUAGUAUCCGCACCGUGCUAUUGUUAAACUGGCAGAUUGGGCAUUGCUGGUUUAAAAUCAACGUAUUGCAAGUUAACGUAAACAGAAAUACAAGGUUGUAAAACAAACAAUAAGCAAUGAAAGUUUGCUAAUUUGCCCUUUAAAUUUUUGAGAGGUUAACAAAUAUUUGUUUACACAUUAUUGAAUGUUUUACAUAGCCGUAUAUAUAAAUUGUAUUGUUUAUUCAUUUUGUAUUGUCAUUAUUAUGCUUCACCUUUUUCUUAAGAAAGUUUUGAUAGUUGUUUGUGAAAUUUAUGGCUACAUCGCAAGGCGGCUUUGUAAUUUGUGUAUAGUUGAAGAAGGCCUAUAUAAUUAAGUAUUGUUGUAAUGACUCAUUCUUGUGUUAAUGGGUGACUUUUGGGACGCUUGGUGGCAGCAGACUUACCAGUUAAAAUCCAUUGUUCUCGGUCAUGUGCGCAUGCUCAGAACUACGUAAACAAUGGAAAAUUUCCUGGUAAGUCUGCUGCCACCUAGCACCUCAUCUUCUCCCAUUGGAGCCAUAUUAUCAUUUUUAAAUAUUAUCAUUGUACGCCUACCCAAUGGUCAGGCUACGGCUGGAUCGCCGGUGUCAGAUACAAUUGUGUCCGCCAUGCAAUACUGUCCACUCCGGACACUUUUGCUUAUGCAAUCGUGUCCGGGGCUAUGCAAAAA